AUGGAGAUACAUGUCAAGAAAAAGAAGGUGAACAAACCCUGUGAUACUCUGACGAGUACUGAAGAGGCUCCUGCUUGUGUCUCUCACAUCUUGCCUUCAGAGCAAGUUUCACCAUCUAACGUGUCAGAUCUUCUCAGAAUUUUGCCCAGAGUAGCACAUCUAGAAGCUGGACCCCAGAAGAGGCGGCCAACCACUGCAAUAAUAUCAAAAAUGUCAGAUUCUUCAAACAUGUCUGGCACACCACUGAAUCGGCCUGUCAUCCCACCAAGAAGACCUUGCUUGAGAAUAUGCUAUAUCUGUGGCAGAGAAUUUGGGUCACAGUCUCUUUCUAUACAUGAACCUCAGUGCUUAGAGAAGUGGCGUACUGAAAAUAAUCAGCUGCCAAGGCAUCUCAGAAGAGCGGAGCCCAAGAAACCAGAGGUCCUUGCUGGUGAUUCCUGUACAAUUACAGCUGAAAAUGAGGCAGCUUAUCAUAGCGCUCAAGCCCAGCUUCUGCCCUGUGGAAACUGUGGCAGAACCUUCCUUCCUGAUCGUCUUGUUAGGCACCAAAAAUCUUGUAAAGGAGGAAGCAGUAGUGGGGGGCUGCCAAGAUCAAGCCCCCAUAAAUCUGGUAAAGGCUCUGGGUAUGGCUUAGCAAGUGAUAAUCCAUCUAAGACCCAUCAAGGAAAGAAUGAGUCUGCAUCAACUGUAUUAGACAAGGCAAAAGUGGUGAGACGGCCACCAACAGUAAUUUGUUAUAUUUGCGGUCGUGAGUAUGGAACAAAAUCUAUUAGUAUCCAUGAGCCACAAUGCCUGAAGAAAUGGCACCAAGAGAAUGACACACUACCCAAGCACCUGAGAAGGCCAGAGCCCAAAAAGCCUGAAGUCAGUUCCAUACAAGCCAAAGGUUUCUAUGAUCUCGAUACUUUAAAUGAGGCUGCCUGGACCAGCGCCCAGAACCAGCUAGUUCCAUGUGAUGUUUGUGGGCGUACGUUUCUUCCAGACAGACUGAUCGUCCACCAGCGGUCCUGUAAACCGAAACCUGCAAAGUGA